UUCCGUAGAUGUUUGAAUUCUUCUACUGGCGAUGCAUAAAUCUCUCCCACAGCUGCACCUCAAAUACAACACGAUUCAUCUCGGUGGUUUCUCUUCUCUAUGUACGUCGAUUAUGGAACAGAGAUCCUCUGUUGAGAACAAGCCAUCUUUAUGCGAUUGAUCUCCUGGGCACAGAGAUAUAACGCUCGAGGAUGGAGACGAUGUUCCUCAGCGAUAUCAAGAAGAAAGCCUCCUCUUAUAUUCAAGAGAAGUACAAAACAGCUCUUCUGGCUCUUACUGAUAUAACGGCAGCAGAACUAUUGGCCGAAGAGGCUACGAACAAUGACUCGACGGGUCCUGACGCCAAGACGAUGACUCGGUUGUCGGAGGCAGCCCACGACGUGGAUGACUACCGCAGAAUAGUUGAUGUCCUGCACAAGAGGUUCUGCACGAUCGAUUUCAAGGAAUGGAGGCCAUCGUACAAGGCAUUAGCGCUCCUGGAAUUCCUGUUAACGCAUGGCCCCGAAGGCAUGUCGGAAGAGUUCCACUGCGACGUCAACGUCAUUCAUCAGUUGGGCGACUUCCGCUACACCGACGAUAAAGGCUUCGACUGGGGCGCAUGCAUGCGGAGCAAAUCCAAGAGGAUACUGCGGCUGCUAGGGGACGAAGAGCAACUCAAAGACGCGCGCGCGGAAGCCCUCCGGAUAUCGAGAGAGAUCCAAGGCUUCGGGAACCUGGUCAUGUCUCCCUCCGCCUCUUCCUCGCCGUCGUCGUCGUCCUCGUCGAGGGCAUCGAGAACUUGGUCCUUCGGCUCUUCCUACUCCUGGGAUUGUCCGAGCUGGAACGGACCGGAUGAGCCAAACAAGCGAGACGAGGCUCAUCAUGUAUCAGGUGAUUCAGUCGAUCUCAAGGAGGCGGAGAUGCAUCUCUUGGACGCGCCUGUGCAGGAGAGCAGCUGCCUGCUGAUAUCGAAGAAGGAAGGCCGAGAAGGAAGCCCGGAUGGUUGGUCCUCUAGAUUACGUCUGCGGCUUUUUGGGAAAGAUGACAAGCGACUAGCAUUUCGAAGCCUCUCCGACGUGGAGAAGGAGCCGAAGAAGAAGUUCGAGCGGCAGUCUUCGCUAGGGUUUUGAUCGGCCACCACCGAUCCAUACUCACGAUAUGUUUCUGUAACAAAGAACAUAUUGUGGCGCCGUCAUGCCUUUCCACAUUCAAUUUUUAUUAUCGACUCCAACACUUGCUUUCUUUAACGUUCAUUAUCAAAUUUUGU